UCCGUGUCGCUGUGACCUCCUGCAGGUGUCGUCAUCGACAUCGAUGGCAUGGCGUUAGCUGUCGUGCUGCAUAAACUGGGGGCGGGACGAUCAAAGGCGGGAGAACCAGUCAAUCACAGCGUAGGGGCGGAGCUACAGGUGUCGCUGGGUCAGAGGGUCAAGAAAGGCGCCACCUGGCUGCGCCUCCAUUACGAGGAUCCGGCUCCGACUCCAGACCAGAUCAGGCGACUGCAGAGCGCUCUGACUUUGGGGACACACGAGACGAAACAAAAACACACUUUAGUGAAGGAAAUACUGCUGCCGUACUGAUUCUGUCUGAUUUUGAUAUUCAUUAAAACAUGAAAACAAA